AUUUUGCGUGUGGGGAUGCACUGGGGCACAGGGUUGUUGACCGGUUUAAUUUGUGCCGUCAGGUUUAUCUUUGAGAACAUUGGGAACAAACGGAUGCUGACGAUUAACCACUGCUCACUGGCUGACGAUGCAGCUUACCAGUGUGUGCUGGGAGAUGAGAAGACCACCACAGAGCUCUUCGUCAGAGAGGCCCCAGUGUUGAUUACUCACCCCCUCGAGGAUCAAGUGGUAAUGGUGGGUGAGAGAGUGGAGUUUGAGCUCGAAGUGUCUGAGGAAGGGGCUCUGGUCAAGUGGGAACGCAACGGCCAGGAGCUGAGACGAGAGGAGACGUUCAAGUACCGCUUCAAAAAAGACGGCAAAAAGCACGUUCUGUUCAUCAAUGAGGCUACCAAAGAGGAUGCUGGUCACUACACUGCCAAAACCAAUGGAGACCAGUCUGUGGCUGAGCUCCUUGUCCAAGAGAAACAGCUGGAAGUUUAUCAGGAUAUUGCAGAUUUGACGGUGAAGGCUGAGGAACAGGCCGUCUUCAAGUGUGAGGUGUCUGAUGAGAAAGUCAAAGGGACCUGGUUUAAGAGUGGUGUGGAGGUCAUUCCCAAUAACAGAAUGCAAAUCACACACAUCGGCAGAAUCCACAAACUAGUGAUUGACAAUGUGAGACCUGAGGAUGAAGGUGAUUACACCUUUGUACCUGAUGGCUUUGCCUUCAACCUCUCAGCCAAGCUGAACUUCCUGGAGGUUAAAAUUGACUACGUGCCCCGGCAAGAUCCCCCCAAAAUCCACCUGGACUGUUUGGGCAGAAUUCCCGAUGCCACCAUCAUUGUUGUGGCUGGGAACAAGCUCCGGCUAGAUGUGCCCAUCACUGGAGACCCGGUCCCUACCGUCAUCUGGACUAAGGCUAACCAGGUGAUCACAGAGCUGGAUGGACGUGUCCACAUUGAGAAACACCCUGACCACUGUGUGUUCAUCAUGGAGGGAGCAGAGAGGUGUGAUCAGGGUGUCUACACCGUCCUAGUGAAGAACCCAGCAGGGGAAGAUCGAGCCGAUAUCACUGUCAAAGUAGUUGGUGAGUACGUGAGACUUGAACCAUACAUGCCGACUCUCUCUCUCACUGUCUCUCUCUCUCUAUCUCUCACUGUCUCUGUCUGUCUCUCUCUCUUUCUCUGUCUCCCACCGUUGUCCCCCCUGUCCUUUUCCUCCCUCACUGCUGGGUUGGGACCACCUCUCUCUUUCUGUCUAUCCUUUUCCCUUCACUCUCUUGGUUUCACAGGGUACGUGCUGGAAAGGAAGAAGAAGAACAGUUGUCGGUGGAUGAGGCUGAACUUUGACCUCUGGAAGGAGACGACAUAUGAGGCAAAACGAAUGAUUGAAGGGGUUGUCUAUGAGAUGAGAGUCUACGCUGUCAAUUCGAUUGGCAUGUCGCGGCACAGCCAAGCGUCCAGACCCUUCGUACCGAUCGCGCCCACUAGUGAACCCACUAAUCUGACUGUGGAGAAUGUGAGUGACACAACCAUCUCUCUGAAGUGGAGAGCUCCAGAGAAGGUGGGAGCGGCUGGAUUGGAUGGAUAUCUGGUGGAGUAUUGCAAGGAGGGAUCGAAUGACUGGGUACCUGCUCAGCAAGGACUGACUGAUCGUAACUCAAUCCUAAUCCAUGACUUGCCCACGGGGGAGAGAAUGCAUUUCCGAGUGAGAGCCAUCAACAUGGCAGGACCAAGUGCUGCAGCCUCACUGAGCCAACCGGUCACCAUCCGGGAAAUAGUCCAGAGGCCCAGGAUCUGUCUGCCUCGCAACCUCCGACAGAAGGUGCUGAAAGUGGUGGGAGAGUCAGUGAACCUCCUGAUCCCCUUCCAGGGCAAGCCCAGACCAGUGGUCAGCUGGCUGAAGGAUGGACAGCCUCUCAAUCUGCAGGACGUCACAGUCCGCAACAGCGACAGCGACACCAUUCUGUUUAUCCGCAGUGCGGAGCGUGGACAUUCGGGCAUCUAUCAACUGCAGGUAGAAGUUGAGAGUGCCCAGGACACAGCCAGCAUCCACAUUCAGGUCAUAGACAGGCCAGGGGCCCCUGUCGCUGUGAAGAUCCGUGAGGUGUGGGGCUUGAAUGUGGCUCUAUCCUGGCUGCCCCCUAAGGAUGAUGGCAACUGUGAGAUCACUGGCUACACCAUCCAGAAGGCUGACAAGAAGACCAUGGAGUGGUUCGUGGUGUAUGAGCACUGUCGGAGGAUUGAGUGCUCGGUGUCGGAGCUGGUGGUGGGGAAUGAAUACUUCUUCAGGGUUUUCACGGAGAAUCUGUGCGGUCUGAGUGAGGAGGCUGCUCAGUCCAAAGACAGUGUCUACAUCCAGAAGCCAGGGACAGAGUACAAACCACCCAGCUACAAGGAGUAUGACUUCACCGAGCCCCCCAAGUUCACCCGGCCCCUGAUCGACCGCUCGGUGAUUUGCGGUUACAAUGCCACACUGAGCUGUGCUGUGCGAGGAAUCCCCAAGCCCAAGGUGGUGUGGUGUAAGAACCAGGUGGACCUGUCUGGUGAUCCACGCUACAGGAUGUUCAGUAACCAAGGAGUACUGACCCUGGAGAUUCGCAAACCAAGCUCCUUCGAUGCUGGGAUCUACAGCUGUGUGGCCAGCAACCCCCUGGGAGAGGCCAGGAGCAACUGCAAACUGGAGGUCCGAGUGCCAUAGUAGCCUUUCACAGCUCUCCACACAGGCAUUGGAGAUUUCAGGCCUGGGUUCGCUGGCUAAGGAUGCAGAGGAAGACAAUCACCCCAACUGGAAGGCUGAAGUAUUGGAGAGGAUGGAGAUGGCGAACCUCAGCCGAUUAAUCAGCCUCCAGGUUCUCGAUCUCUGAUUGAAGCCGAGGCAUUCCUACCAAAGCCACCCUGCUCUGAAACCCUGUCUCACUUGCGUGUGUCCGUGUGUGUGCGUGUAUUUAUAGCCAAACGUGAUGCUCUGAUCCCAUCCAAUUGUUGCAGACUUUUUGGUUUGUGUCAUGGGUUUAUUCUUUUGUGUGGUCCUUCUCUUCCAGUUACCCAGAACGUUCUGAAUGUGUGAUUGCACAGAGAGUGACCAUUGAAGGGCACCACCCUCUGCUCUGCCUGGUUCCCAGGACGACAUGUGUCUGGUUGCACUGUGCUUGUAAUGAUUUGUAAAACCCUGCACUACAUUUCUGAAAUAAAGAGUCUUCUUAGUAACACUGCAA